CCCACCUACAACCGCGGUCUUCAGGCCUACUACUUGACAAGGCUAGGGCAGACGCUGAGGCUGGUUCCUCCUCCUCUUCUCUGGAUCGUUGUGGAGAUGGAAUCCGCUUCCAUGGAGACUGCCGACUUACUGAGGAGGUCUGGGGUCAUGUACAGGCAUCUCGUCUGCUGCGACACGGCGAAGAGGAAGAAGAAGAAGAAGAAUAGCAAUAAUAAUAAGAAUGAGGAGGAGGAGGAGGAGGAGGGUUGUAGUACGGAGGACACCAAGGACAGAGGGGUCCAUCAGAGGAACACCGCCCUCCAUCACAUCCGACGCCAUCUUCUUGAUGGCAUCGUCUACUUCGCUGAUGACGACAACAUCUAUUCCCUCCAGUUGUUCCACCACCUCAGGAGCAUCAGGAGAUUUGGCGCUUGGGCUGUUGCCAUGCUUGCACAAAGCAAAAACAAGGCAACACUUGAAGGUCCAGUAUGCAAUGGAAGCCAGGUGAUUGGGUGGCAUACGAAUGAAAAAAGUAAGAGACUUAGAAGGUUUCAUGUUGAUAUGUCAGGCUUCGCAUUCAACAGCACCAUACUUUGGGACCCAAAGAGGUGGCAGCGUCCAACAUCAGAUGCAAUCAGACAACUGGACACAGUAAAAGAAGGAUUUCAAGAGACAACGUUUAUAGAACAGAUUGUUGAAGAUGAAUUUCAAAUGGAAGGCAUACCCCAUAAUUGCUCAAAAAUUAUGAAUUGGCAUCUCCAUCUUGAAUCGAGGCAUCUUUUUUAUCCUAGGGGGUGGGAAGUGUCAAGAAACCUUGAUAUUGUUAGCUCCCUAAGAAAAGAUCUACAAUUCGAGCAACGCCCUUCUUGAUAAACAGCACAACCAUUGUUUUACAUCUGAAACUGGGAAUGAUCAAUAAUGAUUGAGGAUUUCUCAUGAAAAAAUCAGCCACUGGAGGGAGCAGCUGCUUAGCCACCAGAGUCUUUUGAGUCUUGUCAUGUUCCAAUUCAUUAUUUCCUGAGGGUGAACAUUCCUUGCUGUGCAAAGCAAUACUGGUUUACGUUGUGGAUGCAUAUCAACUGGCGAUUAUGCAAGAAUUAAGAGUACUUCUGUACAAAUGUGGGGCCUUCAUUUUUGAUUUAGGAAGCUGUUAGUUGGCAUCGAUUUUGUGCUUGAUUGAAGAUUCUUUAUUUCUUUUUUUGAUUAACCGUUGCGUUUGUAAUUCUUUUUUAUUUUUAAUAUUUAAUUGUUUACUCGAUUAAUUAAUUUGAGAAUGUAUCUUGUCCUC